AUGUCGAAAAAAUCCAAAAAAGGUAGGACUAUGGCAUUAACCGAUUUUCUGGCAUCGGAACCAAAACUUGUUACCGUACGAGAAAGUACAUGGGCAGCUAUUGUUGAUGAAGAAGAACAAAAAAAACCAAUAGUUGUUGAUAUGAGUGGUUUACCAACAGCUCCUCGUUCUGCUGUUGAUAUUGAUUAUAGUACUGUCCCAAAUAAUCCUCCAUUUGUUAUACAUGUUGCUAAUUUAUCAUUUGAAAUUGAUGAUGAAGGUCUAAGGCGAAUAUUUGCUGAUUUAAAACCAAAAGCAGCUCGUAUCAUGCGUGAUGGUAUUCGUAGUCGUGGUAUUGGUUUAGUUGAAUUUGAAACACGUGAAAAUUUAAUUGAAGGAUUAAAACGAACAGAUAAAGAAAUUUAUGGAAGAAAAAUUCGAAUAAAUGUAUCUGAUAAAACUGAUUUCAAUCAAAAUGAUGGUAGUCGAACAAAUUUUUCUAAUCGAUCAAAUAGAAUAACAGGAGAUGAACGACCAGAAAUGGCAGAUCGAUGGAAAAGAAUUGAAAGAAAACAAAAUGAUUUAUCUGAUGAUCGAUCAUCUAGUGGAUAUCAUAGAGAUAGACAAAAUAGAAAUGAUCAAGGACGAUCUAAUUUUACUGGUAAUUCACGUAAUGGUCAACGUGGUAGUGAUUAUGGUUAUGGUUAUCCACGUACAAGAGAUGAUCGUACUGGUGGCAAUCGUGAUCGUGAUCGUGAUCAUGAUCGACAGAAUACAACACGUCAUCGUUAUAAUGAUGACGAAAAUCGACAGAGUAAUGAUAUAGAUAGACCAACAAAUACUGAUCGAUAUAACGAUACACGUAGUGAUAAACACGAUCGAAAUCCAGCAAAUGAUGAUAAUCGAGAACCACCACGAGAACGUCCACGUCUACAACUUCAACCACGUUCAAAACCACUUGAAGAAUUUAAAAUAUUAUCUGGUUCAUCUUCAUCUUUAAAUAAUAUUACAACAACAUUAUCUAUAUCAAAUAUUGAAGAAUCCCCGUCUAUUAAUGAACAUUUAUCUAAUAAUCCUGAUGAAUAUCAACAACAACAACAAUCAAAUAAUACAUCAGAAGUUGGAUCAUCUAUUGAAAAAUCUUCAGUUAAACAAUUAGCUCCAUCACGUGGUGCUGGUGCAUCAAUAUUUGGUGGUGCAAAACCGGUGGAUACAGCUGCUAAAGAACUUGAAAUACAAAAAAAAUUAGAAGCACUUCAAAUGGCUAAUACAGAUACAGGAAAAGAUUAUUAUGAUAAAGGAUCAUCAUCUAGACCAUUAUAUUAUCGUGGUAAACGUCCAUCAAAUAAUGAUGAUUAUCAUAAUCGUGAUCGACGUGAUGAUGGUCGAUCAAGUACAGAUUAUCAUCAUAAGCGAGAAUAUAGUGGUGGUCGUCGGUAUGAAGAUGAUAGUCGAAAGCCUAAUAAUGAUGAUAAUUAUCGUCGAGAUCGUUAUAAUAAUUCAUCUCGGCGUGAUUAUGAUAGUGGAAGAAGUGGAAAAUAUAAUCAUUAUGGUCAUUCAGAACGAGAUAAUGAACGAAAUAAUUAUCGAAAUCGUGAUCGUGAAACAAAUGAAUCUGAUAAUCGUCGACGAUUAUCAGAUGAUAACUUUGAUGUUGAACCACAAUCGAAAAAUCAACAACAUGGUAUGCCACGGCAGACAACACAAACUGAAGAUACUUCGAAUAGACUUCAUUUAUCAAACAAAUUUCGAAUGCUUGAUAUUGAUGAUCCUGAUGAUAAUGCUCAAAGUCGAAUAAUUAAUUAUUAA